AUGUCUAAAAAAAAAAAUUUGGCUCCUAUACAUAACACAAAUACUAAAGUUAUCUAUUAUCAUGAUAUUAGAAAUCUUGAAAAUAAUAGAAAUAUUUCCAUUAUUGAUCAAGAUGUUAGAAAUUUAGAAAAUAAUAAAAAUAUUUCCAGUCAAGAAAACACAUCAACUCUUGUAAAAAAUGUGUCUAAAAAAAGAAAUUCAGUCCUCAAGCAAACAUGUAAUACUAAUACUAAGGUUAUCAAUUAA